AUGCCCCGCCCCGAACAAUACGCGCACAACCUGGGGUACCUGAUGCUACGGGAUCUGAAGUACGCGGUCUAUGCUUGUUGGGAAGACGAGCUCCGCUCCCUGCUGACUUUCAGUCUCGUGGGCGGCAGCCAGAUUCCUGGCAAUGUCACCAAGCAAGGUGCACGCCGGCAUCGGGCAGCAAUCCAUUCCCGGUUCGCGGGAUUAUACCGGGAGAUGCAGAGGGCUGGACGACUCGGCCAAACUCUUCUCUCCCCUGUCGACGAAGAAGAGGAUGGGAUAGGCCCAAGGGACGUCGAGGACCUGCUUGAGCAAUGGGCGCAAGUCUCAGUCGGGUUGAGGAAAAGGACUGAGCAGAAACGGACAGAAGCGGAAUUUGUCAAUUAA